CUAGGCCCUCCCGGCUGCGGCAAGACGUCGACGGCGCGCAUCCUCGCGAAGCUGCUAGGCCGACCCUUCCUCGUCCUGCCGCUCGAGUCGGUCGUCUCCAAGUGGUACGGCGAGGCGGAGCGCAACUUGGCGGCGGUCUUCGACGCGGCGGCGGAGAUGGGCGAGAGCGUCAUUUUCAUGGACGAGAUCGACGCGCUCGCGACGAGCCGCGACGCGCCCGGAGGCAUGCACGAGGCCACGCGCCGCUCGCUCUCGGUGCUGCUGCGCCGCCUCGACGGCUUCGACCCGAACGCCUCCACCGUCCUCAUCGCCGCGACAAACAGGCCGCAGGACUUGGACGCCGCCCUCACGUCGCGCUUCGAGCUCGCCGUCCGCUUCCCUCUCCCGGACGCGAGCACGCGCGAGGCGAUCCUGCAGCUCUACGCCGCGCACUUACCGCCCGCCGACCAGCGCGCGCUCGCCGCGGCGUCGGACGGCGCAUCAGGUCGCGACUUGCGCGACGUGUGCGAGGCAGCCGAGCGGAAGUGGGCGGCGAAGCGCGUGCGCCAGGAGGGCGCGACCAAGGGGAAGGCGCUGCCGCCGGCGACGGAGUACACGGAGGCGUUGAGCCAGCGACGGGCGCGCGGGCUGCUGGGGGCGGGAGGCACCGCCGCCCAGGGGCCGAUGAACCUUGCUUGA